AUGGCAAGCUCUCUAACUACACAACUGAAUCUGAAAUUCGAGCAUGCUAACAUUAUUACCACAAAGAGUGGUCAGAAUGUCAUUCCCACUCAAAAGAUUUUGGAAAAUCAGGUUGAUAAGCAUGGUAUCGAGAAAGACCCGGCAACUGAAAGAACUUCACACAAUAAAUUGGUUGAAGGAAGUGAGAAUUCUCAAGCCAAGGAGGAUAGUCAUGAGAAUGAGGAUGAAUAUGAGAUUGUGAACAACAAUUCUGAGGAGAAGCACACUUCACCAAUUUCUACUAGUAAAUCUCAUAAACCUUCAAAUUCGGUUAUUACUAAUAGUCGCUUCGGUGGUGUUCCGUUUCCAGCUAGGUUGGUUCAGACAAAGAAGGGUGCAUUAGAGACAAAUAUUUUGGAGACUUUUCGCAAGGUUCACAUUAAUUUGCCUUUACUAGAGUGCAUUCAGAAUCUUCCAGCAUAUGCAAAGGUAUUGAAGGACUUGUGUACUAAACGAAGGAGGCUCAAGGGGAGUGAAGUUGUUGAGAUGAAGGAGAAUGUGUUUGCGGUUCUACAAGGAAGGUUACCAACUAAGUGUAAGGAUCCAGGAAGCUUCACUAUUCCUUGCACCAUUGGUAAAUCUAAAUUUGAGAAUGCGUUACUUGAUUUGGGUGCGUCAAUUAAUGUUAUACCAUCUAGCUUGUAUGAGAAAUUGUGUAUUAAAACUGAACUUAAAACAGAUGGUGUUACAAUUUUAUUAGCUAACAGAUCUCACGUUUACCCGAAAGGUGUUUUGGAGGAUGUUCUUGUGCAGGUUGGCAGGUUUCAAUAUCCAGCUGAUUUUUAUAUCUUAGACAUGGGAGAUGCGACUAUUAAUGCACAACUUAUUCUUGGUAGACCAUUCAUGUGUACUGCUCAAACAAGAAUUGAUGUUGCAAGGGGAGAGCUCAGUAUGGACUUUGAUAAUGAAACCAUUAAGUUCAACAUGUUUGAGAUGAUGCCAUAUCCCGUGGAUACUGAGACAUGCUUUACUAACAUAAUUUUAAAUUAA